AUGGCGAUCAAGCAUAUAGCAGUAGCCUUUUUCUUCCUCCUCAUGGCCUUUGCUGAGUGUAGCGACGGGGGUGAACCUCCAUCUUCUCAAGGAGAAGGUUUUGGGGCCAGUGCUCAUAAGGUGGAUUGGAACCCAGAAGAUGCACCUUCUAAAGAAAAAGGUUUUGGGGCAAGUGCUUAUAAGGUGGAUUGGAAACCAGAAGAUGCACCUUCUGAAGAAAAAGGUUUUGGGGCAAGUGCUUAUAAGGUGGAUUGGAAACCAGAAGAUGCAUCUUCCAAAGAAAAAGGUUUCGGGGCAAGUGCUUAUAAGGUGGAUUGGAAAUUAGAAGAUGCACCUUCUGAACAAAAUGGUUUCGGGGCAAGUGCUUAUAAGGUGGAUUGGAAACUAGAAGAUGCACCUUCCAAAGAAAAAGGUUUUGGGGCAAGUGCUUAUAAGGUGGAUUGGAAUCCAGAAGAUGCAUCUUCCAAAGAAAAUGGUUUUGGGGCAAGUGCUUAUAAGGUGGAUUGGAAAUCAGAAGAUGCACCUUCUGCUUCUUCCUCCAUUCCUGAAGAACUAGAAAAACGCGAACAUUUAAAGUUUCAAACCGACAUGUUAUUCCUGAAGAAGAAUCUACACAUUGGCACUACACUACCUGAAGGAACCAUGUUUGCACGAGAUGGUGCACCAAAGUCUAUUCAUUUUUUCUCUACUCCAUUGGAGUCAAAGUACUUGCCAACCAUCCUUUCAUACUUCAAAUUACCUCACGGCUUGAUGAAGGCAAAGCAGGUAGCUGACACCCUUCAUUCAUGUGGGAAACCGGCUGACAAGGCGGAACCUCACAUGUGUUUCUCAUCCCGCGAAGAAAUGGCAAGGUUCGCCACCAGAGAAUUGGGAGUCAGUGGAACACGAGUAGCCACUACAAGGAUUCAUGGGCAUGAGAACCCUAGCUCCAUGUAUGUUGUGGAACAUAUCACCCAACUCAACAGUAACGUGGUGCCAUGCCACCCUAUGGAUUUUCCAUAUGAGGUUUUUUAUUGCCAUCGGCCAAAGCAAGUGCUAUCUUUGAGGGUGCAACUUAAGGAUUUGAAAGAUGGCAUGCCGCGUGUGAUGGCAAUAGCCAUGUGUCACAUGAACACAUCUGAUUGGGACACGCAGUACUUUGAGCUAUUAGACGGAGAGCAUGGUGAACCUAUUUGCCACUACAUGCCUACCAAUUACGUCAUGUUCUAUUAG